GUGAUUGUUCAGAGAGCAGAAAAGCUGCCUGCGAGUCGAGCAAAGGAAGGAAAACUGUUUUCCCGGAUGCGCUUUCUGACUGAUAUUUAAUUUAGAGCUUCAUACUUGAUUUCGAAACUUUCUGGUACAGACAACUUUCCGGAUUUGUAAUCCAUGGGAUAUUAAUCAGAACAUCUUUUAAUCCACCUCAGAAAGCUUGAAUUUGGACCCUCUGAGGAUUUAUUGGUCUGAAAGAGAAACUUAAAACUUUCUAAUAAAAAUGACAUCAGUGCAUUUCAACCCUGGGUUAGAUUCCAAGGAAGUUAAUGGUAAUGGGGUGAAAGAGGAGGCAGAGGUGCAGAUUGAUGAUGGAAAGGAAGAGACUGAGGACCCAGACACCAUGUACCAUCGUAUCCGGAAAACUAUAGCUCCUUUUGUGAUGUCCUUUGGUUUUCGUGUUUUUGGCCUGGUACUGAUCAUUGUGGAUAUUAUUCUGGUCAUUGUGGACUUUUCUCUUUCCAACGGUAGUCACGAUGUUAGAAGAGCAAUGGAGUCUGUUUCGCUUGUCAUCUCCUUCUUUUUCCUCAUUGAUGUGCUGCUCCGUGUAUACGUGGAAGGAUUCAAAGUGUAUUUCAGCUCAAUACUGAAUAUAAUAGAUGCUUGUAUUGUGGUCGUUACCCUGGUGGUCACCAUGAUCUACGCAUUCACCGAUCUCUCCGGAGCUAGCCUGAUUCCCAGGGUGGUCACGUUCCUGAGAUCUCUGAGGAUAUUGAUUCUGGUACGUGUCUUCAGACUGGCCUCUCAGAAGAAAGAGCUUGAAAAGGUCACCAGGAGAAUGGUGUCCGAGAACAAAAGACGGUACCAAAAAGAUGGAUUUGAUCUGGACCUCACUUAUGUCACGGAAAGAGUCAUUGCCAUGUCUUUUCCAUCGUCUGGGAAGCAGGCGCUCUAUAGGAACCCAAUCAGAGAGGUCGCUAGAUUCCUGGACACCAAACAUCUGGAUCACUACAAGGUGUUUAACCUCUGUAGUGAGAAGGGUUACGAUCCAAAGUUCUUUCACUAUAGAGUGGAGCGUGUUAUGAUAGAUGACCAUAAUGUGCCGUCACUCCAAGAUAUGCUGUGGUACACGGCCUGUGUUAGGGAGUGGAUGGCAGCAGACUCCAGCAAUGUGAUCGCCAUCCAUUGCAAAGGAGGAAAAGGGCGGACUGGGACUAUGGUGUGCACGUGGCUCAUUGACAGCGAUCAGUUUGAGAGUGCGCAGGAGAGUUUGGACUACUUUGGGGAGAGACGGACUGAUAAAAGUAUGAGUUCGAAGUUCCAGGGUGUUGAAACUCCCUCACAGAGUCGGUACGUCGGUUAUUAUGAGAUCAUGAAGAACCAAUACAACCGUCAGCUACCACCUCAGAAGAGCCUGAAAAUAAAGAGCUUUCGAAUCCACUCCAUCGCAGAUUUUUUCAAAAUGCAUCUCAUGCUCACCGAAGCUGUAUUUAUUUGA